AUGGACAGGUUUCUACACUUGUUUGCGCUUUGCUACCACGCUCAGGUAACCAAUCAGUCCCCGCCUAAUUUCACGCAGCAUGUAAGCGAGCAGAGCAAAGUGACAGACCGCGUGAGCCGCAGGUUGAUCCGGAUCUACCAGCUGUACAGCCGAACCAGCGGCAAGCACGUGCAGGUCCUGCCCAACAAGAAGAUCAACGCCAUGGCUGAGGAUGGAGACGCGCACGCUAAACUCGUCGUUGAGACCGAUACGUUUGGGAGUCGAGUGCGCAUCAAGGGUGCUGUGACGGGCCUCUACAUCUGCAUGAAUAAGAGGGGGAAGCUCAUUGGCAAGGUGAGGACAAAGCUCCGUACCCAGCUGAAGCUGAGGUGA